CAUGUGACGGACUCGUGACCUAAUGCGGAAGAGGGGAUUUCAGCAGCGACACAACACAACACAGACGGCGAAACGCUGACUUGAUCCGAUUCAAUUUACCCUUCAUAUCUUUAUCUCUCCUCCCAUCAGCCCAGCAAUGGACGGAUCUGUCAGAGCAGCUUCAGACACCACAGUCGGGCCGCCGCCUUAUUACAGAGGGAACGAGGGCUCCCUGGUGUCAGCCCUGAAGACACUGCUGUUCUUCACCGUCCUCAUGGUCACGCUGCCCAUUGGCCUCUACUUCGCCACGAAGGCGUACGUGUUUGAGGGUUCGAUGAAGAUGUCAAGCUCCGACAGCUACUUCUACGCAGCCAUUGUUGCAGUGCUCGCCGUGCAUGUGGUUUUGGCUCUGUUUGUUUACGUGGCUUGGAACGAGGGCACCACGCCUAAAGGGAAGGGCAAAGACGAUUAAGGCGUGUCCUUAUCGGCUCAUGAGACCGCAGGAGACGGACAGACGUGGGCAUGGAUCCACAGCCCCCCCACCACGGGCUCCAGCACUAAACUCAGCACCAUCUACCAACCAGACUGUUAGGGGAUCUGGUUUGCGCUUAGGCUUUAACCCGAGGUUUAAGCAGGAAACGGUUUUAUUAUUCCCUGGCAUGGGGAAGUGGAGGCUGCUGGGUGUGUUUGUUCACCAGCCCCAGCAGGCCCGCUAUUUCGACUUUAUUUUGUUCUCUGAAAAUGUUACUUUUGUUGACAGAGGACGGCCCCUAUUUUUAAGAGGCUUUGUUAUAAGCUGCCCUUUGGCUAAAUGCUAUUAGUCCUGUCACAGUGGAGAGUUUGUCAUGUAGGAAAACAUCUUGGUUGCACACACACACAUACACACACGCACACAUGCUGAAUUUUGUGGGUUUAAAGGAUUUGGUUCCAAAAUGUUCUCCAUCCAUUCUGUCAGAGUUCAUGCCACUGAAUUGAUUAUUUGCAGACAAUUUAAAGAUUACUCUUAACUUCAUAAUACUCCAUAAUGUGCUUCCCUUCCGGGCCUGUAUUUUGGAUCAAAAUCAUUCUGAUUCUCAUCCGUUUGUCCUCGUAAAUGAGUGUUGUUCUUUCUGUUUUUAAGAGUUUGUGAGGUGUAGCUUGGUGAUAUUUUUGGAUCUUUGAAUAAGUAAAAUUGUUGCAAGAUUAAAUUGUAUUUAAAGGAGUGUUUGUAUUGAAGAUGUCUGUUGGAUUUGAGGAUACAGAUGUAUGUGAGGUUGACGUGAUGCAGAUGAGAAUGUUUUACUUUAAUAAACCUGAAAAUUCAAACGUU